CACUUCAGUGGUCUUGGAGAGACUCAAGCAGGGUAUGCUGUUCCUCCACCAACAUCACAGCCAGCCUAUUCGAGCACGUACACCAUUAUCCAACAGCCUGCUACCACCACUUCUGUAGUAGUAGUUGGUGGCUGUCCUGCUUGCAGGGUUGGCGUGUUGGAGGACACCUUCACCUGUCUCGGUGUUCUGUGUGCCAUUGUGUUCUUUCCUAUUGGGAUUCUCUUCUGUCUUGCACUGAGGCAGAGAAGAUGCCCUAAUUGUGGGGCAGCUUUUGGCUAAGGGAGUGACCAUGGACGUGCUUCUGGAAGCUACAACUGUUAGCAUACUCUUUCUAAUGUAAAUGUCAUGUACAAUCAUUUUAUUUGCUUCAGACCUGUUUUGUAAAGUGUGAAGAAAUUUAGCCUCUUGCAUGUAAUUUAAACUUAAAUCUUUUAUGAGCAUGUGCAUUGCAAAACAUGAAAACCCAACUUGUUUUCCAUGUUUAGUGGCACCUGUUGACAACUAAAUAAAACUGCUUUUCCUUUUGCAAUCCUCAA